CUUUUAAAGGGAAAAAGAACAGGGGUUUAUAGUACCAAAGCAAAGCCAGGCCACACCAGACAUACCAGAUUGGGAUCUGCUUCCUUCUAAGCUUUCCAAUAAUGGGGACGAGAACUGUUCAGGUUGGGCAUGUUUCUCCUCUCGCAGGGGAAAGGGAAAUAAAGGAAUUCUUCUCAUUUUCAGGCGAAAUCGAACACAUCGAAAUAUAUAGAGGCAGAGAGAGCCGUGAUUCACAAACUGCAUUUGUCACAUUCCGGGAUCCAAAAGCAUUGGAGAUUGCACUAUUAUUAUCGGGAGCAACCAUAGUGGACCAGAUUGUGAGUGUAACACCGGUCGAAAACUAUGUACCGAAUGUCGAGGCGUCAGAUAACAUGAACCCUUCUAGCAAUGUGCAACUUCAUGAUAGCAUGAAUCCUUCCAGCAAUGCACGGGUUUAUGUGAGUAAAGCCCAAGAUGUGGUCACAAGCAUGCUUGCAAAGGGUUCAGCCUUUGGACAGGAUGCAGUGAACAAAGCUAAAGCCUUUGAUGAGAAGCAUCGGCUAACUGCCAAUGCAUCUGCCAAGGUUAUAUCAUUUGAUAGAAGAGUCGGGCUCACUGAGAAAUUAACUGUUGGGGUUGCUGUUGUUAAUGAAAAAGUGAAAUCGGUUGAUCAAAAGCUUCAGGUGGUGGACAGAACCAUGGCUGUUCUCACUGUAGCAGAGAGGAAGUUGAAUGGCACUAGUUCAGCUGUUAAGACAAAUAGGUAUGUCUCGGUGGGAGCGGCGUGGAUGAGCGAUGCUUUCAGUAAGGUAGCGAAGGCCAGCCAUGUUGCAGGUGCAAAAACAAGAGAAAAGUUCCAGUUAGCUGUCUCAAACUUGACUGCUAAAGAGCCAGGUGUGUGUGGGAGAAGUCUGUGUGUUGCUGUUGGAAAAUGGGGUUUCUUUUUGGGCCUAUUUUUGAGGAUUUAGUUGUGCAUUAGUUUGAGGACCUCUCUUUGUUAAAAUCCUAUAUUCUUCUUGUAAUUCUUUACCAUCAUUAUAUUGUUAUUUUUUGUCCUGAAUUAUAUUUUA